UCCACAUAAAGACAGCCCAACCUAAAAAGAGGCCACUUAUCCCAUCCGUUUUCAGCUCUGCCUGCCGUUUGUCAGCCUCAACGGUCCAAUUAUCUUUCUCUCUCUUCUUCCCAAUCCCUAAAUCCCCCAACUCCACCUCAACAUCACACCAAAACCCUCUUCUUUCUACUGUUGUUGCUUUCUUUCCCUCGUUAAUUCCACCCACAUAUGCACAGUGAUGGACCCACUUCCACCACCCCCGCCGCCGAUGGAAGCCGUGGAACCGCCGUCUCUCGCCGCUGCUCGCAUAGCUCAGGUUGCUACCCCCAUCCCUGUCCUCUUGCCCACCCAUAACCAUCCUCCUUACUCUGAGAUGAUAACGGCGGCCAUAACGGCGUUAAAGGAGAAGGAUGGGUCGAGUAGACAAGCUAUAGCUAAGUAUAUAGAGCGAGUCUACUCGGACCUUCCGCCCAAUCACUCGGCCUUGUUGACUCAGCACCUUAAGCGGUUGAAGAACUCCGGUGAGCUUGUUAUGGUGAAGCACUCUUAUGCGCUCCCUAGAUCUCUGACUCAGUCGCAGCCCGACCCCGCUGGAAAUGCUCUCAGCCCGAAAAGGAGGCCCGGUCGGCCUCCCAAGCCCAAUCUUGAGCAGCCGGAGUUCCAGUUUCAGCCGGAGGAUUCUAUGGGCCAGUUCCAGCUUCAACACCCGCCUCAGCUCCAUUUCCACCAACCAUCUAUGCCUCAGUUCCAGCCCUUUGUUGUUCCGGAGGUCCAGAACAGUGCCGGGAUUGGGCCGGAAUCUGUGUUUGCUUCUCUUGGGUUGGUGGAUGCGCCUCCGGGUACUCCUCCUCCUCAGCCAACUGCUUCCCCUCCGGCGACUAAGAGGCGCCCCGGUCGUCCAAAGAGGGUCAUUUCUGAAGACAAAGGCCCUGCAGCAGCUCCGCUAGGAGUGACAACCGUGUCUGGAAGGCCAAGAGGCCGCCCCAAGAAAAACAUUUCUACUGCAACAGGGAAGCCUAGAGGACGACCCAAGGCGAGUGCUACUACAAUUGCUAUGAAGCUUGGGAGGCCACGAGGACGGCCCGCCAAGAAUGCUCAGCUUGACAGUGCCGGCGGGUUGGUGAUUGUGCCAAUUACUGACAAUGAUGCCCUUCCUGGGAAUAAUGCUGCUGCCUCAAAUGGGGUAGUCCCAAUGCCUAAAAGGCGAGGAAGGCCUCCUAGGAAAUAUGCAGAUGAUCUGCUACCAGCACCAAAGCCAAGAGGACGACCUCCAAGGUCUAGUGCUCAUGGGGUCAAGAAGCCCAGAAAGCUUAGCGGAAAGCCACUUGGACGACCCAGAAAGAUUGCAGUAUUCGCAGCACCCAAUGCUCCUGAUUCCCAACACUUAACUUUACAGGAUCUACAGGGAAAACUCGAACAGCUUAAAUCAAGAAUAAAGGAAACUGCGAGUGUUCUAAGACCAUGCCUGAACAGUGAAACGGCAAUGGCAGCGUUGCAGGAUCUGGAAGAGUUUGCAGCAAAUGGUGUAAAUCCAGUCCAACCCCCAACCCCCGUACCCGUUUAAGAAGAGAAGCUAAGAAAGAUGUAGGAACUUGGAUGGAGGUCGGUUAGCAUUGACAUUGUUUAAAUUAUUGUGGUAUUUGCAGAGAGAGGAGGGAGAGAUAUGGAAGAUUUAGCUUAGCUAAUUUGUUAAUAAAGGUGCUUAGAAUUGAAGGCUUAGUUUGUAUCUUUUAGUGACUGUCACCUGGAACUGGAACUGGAACUUGUAAUGUGUAGGUUCAAAUUGAAAUUGCUCUCUUUUGUGUAUGUACCAUGUUGUGUCCAUUGUUGUGUUUUGUUAAAGAAUAUCCUCAGAUUUGAGACUAUAUAUCAAGAGCAGAUUUAGUCUUGUUUUGACUAU